UUUUACUUUAACAAAACAAAUGCACCGUAAUUUAAGUUGCAAAUAAAAAUAAAAAUCACACUCCACCUCCAAACAAAGUUCCAUGAUUGUCUGCCAUAACUUUUCCAAUUAAAAUUGAUUUUAAAUUCGUAUAUAUCUGUGUCGUUUUGGGCGUGAAAAUGGACCCCUCUUUUCCCAACACAACCCUCUCUCUUUCCUUCUUCCCCAAAACACACCCAUUACCUUUCCUUCAUUUUUUCCCUUACACUCCUCGCUAACCAUCAACUCCACCUUCUGUAAAGAAACUCAUAAACUUUGUUCAUUUACCUUUAUUUAUUUAGAUUUUUCGCUUCCACUUCUCAAUCUCUAUUGCUUAAUAUUCAAACCAUCACCAAUUUUUAUUUGUUAAUAAUUUUUUGCGUGUGUGUGUGUUUCCUCGGUGCAUAAUUGUCGAGUUCAAGCUGCAGCACACACACACACAAGAGGCCAAGCACUGAUGUGAAAAAUGGUCGCAUUUAACUGGCAAAGUUUUAAUUAUUUCCUUCUCGCAAUUUUCUUCACGUUUCUCAGCUCCGCCGUAAUUUCAUCCGGCCAUGGCGGGAUAAAGCUCAAGCUCAUCCACACGCACGCUGUGCAGAGACCAAAUCCAGCCACCCAACUCGAGCGCCUGAGGCAAUUGGUCCACGGCGACACAAUCCGCCUCCGCGGCAUCUCGGAGAAGCUAGAAUGGAAAUACGGCAGCAACAGGAGAGGAAAUCUGGAGAGAGAUGCGUAUUUUCCGGCGUGCACUAACAGCAGCGCCGGGAAAGCCGACCGCAAUGCGUCGGCCGAACUGGAGAUGCACUCGGCGGCGGACGAGGGGGCGGGUCAGUACCUGGUCGAGUUCAGGGUCGGGUCGCCCGCCCAUAGGGCGCUGCUGAUUGCGGACACCGGGAGUGACCUGACCUGGACGAACUGCAGGUUCAGUUGCCGCAGGGGAGGGUGCAAGAGGGAUUCCUUAAAACGCCGGGUUUUUCGGGCCGACCUGUCUUCCACUUUUCGGACCGUGCCCUGCUCGUCGAGAACGUGCAGGGACGAUCUCUCGAGCCUCUUCUCGCUCAACCGGUGCAUUUUGCCCAGAGACCCAUGUGCCUAUGAUUACAGGUACGCGGAUGGCUCGUCUGCUCAGGGCGUUUUCGGCAACGACAGCGUCACGUUGACCCUCUCCAACGGGCGCAGGACGAGGCUCGACAACGUGCUCGUGGGCUGCAGCGAUUCAUCAAACGGGCCCACAAUCCAGGCUGCAGACGGCGUAAUGGGCCUGGGAUACAGCAAUCACUCGUUCGCUCUUCGGGCCGCCACCGAAUUUGGAGGCAAAUUCUCCUACUGCCUCGUCGACCACCUGAGCCCGAGGAACCUCACGAGCUAUCUCGUUUUCGGGCCGCACGAACAGGCCCACAACAUAUCCCUUAACCGGAGAUUGCGCUACACGGAGCUUGUCCUGGGUUUGAUAACCCCGUUUUAUGCGGUGAACGUGAAGGGGAUUUCGGUCGGGGGCUCGAUGCUGGACAUUCCGGCUGGGACGUGGGACCUGGGUGGCACGGGAGGGGCGAUUAUUGAUUCGGGCUCGAGCCUAACGGGCCUGACGAGACCUGCGUACGGGCCGGUGAUGGGGGUGCUGAAGCGGGCCUUGGUGGGGUUCGAGAGCCUGGAUUUGGAUAUUGGGGCGGUUGAGUACUGUUUCAAUUCGAGUGGGUUUAGGGAGAGUAUAGUGCCGAGGGUGGUGAUUCAUUUUAUGGAUGGGGCGAGAAUCGAGCCGCCGGUGAAGAGCUACGUGAUAGAUGCGGCCCCGGGAGUGAAGUGUUUGGGGUUCGUGCAGGUGCCUUGGCCGGGGGCGUGCGUGAUUGGGAAUAUAAUGCAGCAGAAUCAUUUGUGGGAGUUUGAUUUGGUCAAGGGGAGGUUGGGUUUUGCUCCGUCCCGCUGCACUUAAUUAAAUAAGGAGNUAAUUU